AUGUUAUUGUGGUUGAAUGGAAUGACAAAUCCAUCUAUUAAGCAUCCCAUGGAAACCAUGAUGGAUGAAUACCAUGCGAAUCCAACAAAUAUCAUACCACUUUUGGCUGAGGAUGAAUUCUUUAUACAAGCAAAAAACCUGAAUACAAAAAUUGCAUCAGAAAAGCAUUAGCAGAAUAGCUCCUAGCAUUUAAUAGUGCAAUAAAUUGACCAAGUUACAGAAACAAAUCAUGACCACGUUGUCAUAUUCCCAAUUCUAUCAAUUGAGUUUUUUGAACUUGAUCUUCCACCCUUAACUUAAAUGAUUCUCUAGGAAACUGCCAUUCAAACUCUCUUUGCAGGAUUAAAGAAAACUCCAGAUCAAAUCCACGAACCACAAUGGUCAAACAUCUAAAGAUUGUUCGCUCUUAUGCUAUCCAAAGAACCUAAAUAGGUAUGCCAAAACAUAUUUAAAUCUGAUUCACUCAAAUUGUUUCUGAAUCACCUUGAAUCAGCCACAGUCAACAGUAUACUCAUUCAGUUAUUCAACCCUGAGAAUGGUGAUUACGAGGAUGCCAAAUUGGAAGUCCUUGAAUUGGGUUUUCGUGGCUUUGAUGUAAUGGAAGAGAUGAGUGUCCUUAACUUCACCUACUUGAUCCAUGAGAUCAUGACCAGAUACUUUUCAAGUGAUUUCUGUCACAAACUCGUUCAAUUCAUUGUCAGCAAAUAAAUCAUUCUGCAAAUGUUUAAAUGUCUGCGAGCAAAUCAUGACAAACUAUUCCUUGCUAAAAGUUCAGCUCAUAUCCUAUCCCUCAUUUCUAAUUACUACUCCUACACCAUGCAGAACAUUAACAUCUAUGAGGAAACUCCCACCAAAAAAAUUAUAGACGAGAAUCCUGAAAUUGCUUAUCAUCAUCAAUUAACUCUUGAAUUCGAAUAAACAGACUUUAUGAACACCUUUAUUCAAGAAAUGAACCUACUUGUAGAAUCAUUCAAUCAAAUCUUAGAAAAUGAUAAUAAACGACUCAGAACUCUACGACUUAAAUUACUAGAAAUCUUUGAUAAUUUAACAAGAAUUUCAAAUAUUAAACUGUGGAAACAAAUGAAUUAAUUAAAGUUAUUCAAUCAAAUUGUCUAAAUCUACUUUAAAUAUAAAAAUUCUGAUAUCUUUCACUCAAUCUUUGAGAAACUACUGCUAUACAUUCUCAAUAGAGCCAUUAGUGAUUUUCAUCCCUAUUGGUGCACCAUACUUAUAGAAGAUAUCAACAUUUACUCACUGGUUUCAGAAAACAUAACAUCCAAAAACACUAUACCUGGCUAUAUCUAUUUGCUAGCCAAUCAUCUCACAUGGUUUUAAAAGGAAUUGAAUGAGAAAUUACUUAUUGAUGGCUCCCUUGCCAAAUACUUUUAGCAAUUAAAAAAGAUCGAAGAAGAUAUACUACUAAAUGACUAAUGGAGAAGAGCCAGUCCCAUAUUCAAUAUCACAUUUCAAAAAAAUUCCGUUCAACUAGGAGCAUCUCAACCAGGCAGUGCUACCAACAUCCCUGUGUCAUCAGAACCAGUUAUACACAAUGCCAAUGACUAACAAUUAAAUAAUACCAAUGCUCAAUGUCUGUUUAAUAAAGUGAAAAAUAACCAAUCAAAUAUAGCAAGCAUCUCUGGGGAUGAACCACCUGAAUUUGAAAGUCCUGAAAAACAUGAAGAAAAAGCAUAGAAUACUUAAUCAGAUGAAUAUCAAUAUGAAACUAAAAAAUCACCAGAAAAAUUCAAUAUCAAGAAUUCUCCUGAAGCUAAACAAGAUGAAUUUGCUGAAGUACCUGCAAACCCACCUUCGAUCAUCGUCCCAUACAAUCAAGAACAGGCCAAAGGAACUGAUUACAAAUUUGUUGAAGGCGUUUAUUUGCAACCUACUUCGCCAACUAAAGUCUAACACUCAGAAUAACAGGUUUCAUAAGAAUAAACCAAUCCCUCUGAUUACAAUGACACCACUCCUGAAAAAAACCAAAACGAGAAAAAGACAGAAAUGAUGUCCAUUAGUUUACAAGAUUUUGUUAGACCUAUCGAUAGAGUGAAAUUCUCAAGUGACAGUAAGAAAGAAUCACAACAGAAUGAUAAGUUGGCUAGUCCUAAUACAAAAGUAUAGGAUGUCAUUAAAAAAUACUCCAAUAUGUCCAAAUCUGUCACAUUUGGACAAGCCAACAUGGGAAACAACAAGUAGACUGAUAAUUUAUCGUUGACAAGGAAGAAGUCCAUGGAGUCUUCAUUAAGACUUAAACAGUUGGACUAAGUUUAGAGUGAGGAAUUCAAAAUUCUCAAGACCAACAAAGAAGAUACUAAAAUAUUAACUAGUGAUAACAAAAGAAUCUUGAUGGUUGAUGAAUUAGAUAAAGAACCAGAUGUUAAUUCCUUAAGAAAUAGUCUAGUUAAUUUGAGCAAUGUGAGCUUUUCAAGCACUUCCAGUAAAAAGAGAACCAUCAAAUUUAAAAAAUCAAAAAGAAUACAAUCAGUUGGAUAAGAAGCUAAUCUAAAUGUCUCUAUUCCUGAGGAAUUGCAAGCAAAUAAGGGAAUGGUAUUUUCCUUAUCUAGUUCCAAUUCAUUAAGGGAUUCCUUUUUAAGUAGUUAAAGUAGUGUAACUGAAGAGAAGAAGUUUAGAUAGGUAAGUAAAAGGGAUAAGGUAUUUCUAAAUUAUAUUAGGAAUAUUAAAUGA